AUGAACGGAGGCUGGGUCUUCCUGAUCAUCCUGCUCCUGCUCGUCUCGGGCUCCUACUUCGGCUGGUACUUCUACGCCCAAUGGAACGCCAAGAAGAACGGCUUGCCUCCGCCGUCCAUGAACCCCAUCGCUGCCUUCAAAGCCUCUCGCGGCGGCGCAUCAAACUACCCUGGCCCCGCGCCCGCCGGCAUCAAGGGCUGGAUCGACACGCAGGUCCGCAAGUUCAAGAACAGGAACAACCGCUCGGCUGCUGGUGCCUAUGAGGGUGACUACACGGAGACUGGCGGCGCGCAACGAGGCCGCGGCGCUGGCAGUCGCCUGGAUCCGGACGAGGCAUGGUCAGCAAGGGUCGGCGACGAGACGUACUACGAGGAGCAAGAACUUGGCCUGCAUGAGCCUGCGCGCGGCGCGAACCCUUACGCGCCGACAAAUCAUGCUGCGCCCCAGCCCCACGAAGAGCGUGGACGCAGCCGCACACGCGACAGCUACGACGAGCACCUCGACGCGCGAGGCGCGCGCAACGAUCCUUUUGGCGAUGAGAAUGCUGCAAGUCUGCGCGGUGUGAGCCCAAGGCCGCUGAACCAUGGCGAGGACACCAGCUACCACGGUGGUGCCACGGCGCAGAUGCCUCACGUUCCGCAGAUCAAGACACACAAGAAGCCAGGGAGCGUCAACAGCGCCGAGAACAGUCCGACGGAGAGCCGGAGGAGCGUAUUCAGGGAGGCGAUAUGA